GACCGUUGUUCAUCACCUGGGAUUGCCCUGGAGGGUCAAGUAGCCCUGGCAUGCUCAACGCGAAAACCAGCCAAAUAGAGUCCGUUUCUGUCAGAUCCUCUUGUUCAUGGUCCGACUGACCGACAAACCAUAGAUUCCUGCUCCUUGGUUACUGGCCUCACUCAUUGAUUCAUGCGUGCACGCGUUCGUAAGCCAGUCAUGAGAGAGGAUCUUUGGGCCGCCGGGUCCCGUUUCCUCCCCUCGGGUUUCUACAUGGUAUGCGGCCUGACCGUGGUCUUAGCGGGGUGGUGGACUUGGAAAUUCUACCAAAAGCGGGUCCAUCGCACCAGAUUGGCGGGGCUCAUUCGUGAGAGGUUAAUCGCCAAUGAAAGCAUUCAAAAUGACAUCCAAAAUCGAUUGAACGCCAUUCGAGCUCAGGAUGAACCAAACUGGGACCGGAUUAGGACAUUGGAUUUCCAGGUUCUGAUUCAAGAGUUGCGGGACGGAUCCUUGAGAGCCAAAACCGUCAUUCAUGCUUAUCAAGAUGCGGCUAUCAAAACCCAUCAAGAAACAAAUUGCGUGGUCAGGUUCAUAGCUGAGGCCGAGGCCUGGGCCGAGGCUCGAGAUACGCUUCACCCCGAAGAAAGAGGACCGCUGCAUGGAAUUCCCAUCAGUGUGAAGGAAUGUUAUUUCAUCAAGGGCUACGAGAGCACCGCUGGUUUGACUUGGCUUUUGGGUCAUCCCAGUGAAGAAAAUGCCCUGAUCGUGGAUCAAAUGAUCAGUUUAGGAGCCGUUCCGUUUUGCAUGACCAACGUCCCCCAAAGUAUGUUUUCGAUCCAAACAAGUAAUCCUAUGUUUGGUCAUACCGGCAAUCCACACAAUACAGAGAGGGAAUGCGGUGGUUCCUCUGGCGGAGAAGCUGCCCUCAUCGCUGGAGGUGGUUCGAUUCUCGGUUUAGGCAAUGAUAUUGGGGGAUCUUUACGGAACCCGGCGGCAUUGUGCGGAUGCUACUCUUUGAAACCAACUUACGGUCGUCAUUUAUCCCAAAUCAACAGUCGAAUGCCCACACCUUAUAAUUGUAUUUGGCCCAAGUCCGUGGGUGGCUUUUUGGCCAAAGACCUCGCCACCCUCAAAACUGCUUGGAAGUGCACGUGGGCCAAUCUGAAGACCAUUAAUGAGUCAGGAUGGACAGGUCCCGAAGACAAUGAUAUUAUUUCCAUUCCAUGGCGAGAGGACCUUUGCUCACAAGGGAGACCCUUGUUAAUAGGAUAUUAUUUAGAUGAUGGCUUUCUUUUACCGCACCCAGGCUGCUCCAGAGUAGUCGAAGAAACUGUUAUUUUACUGAAAUCUCAAGGCCACACCUUGAUAGAGAUUCAACCCCCGGAUAUCGAGACAACCAUUCGUUUAUAUAGUGGUCUCAUUUUCGCCGAUAAUGGUGCGGGACUGAAAGAGUCUCUUGAUGCGGACCUAUGGGAUAGCUCGAUGGUCGCCACCCGAGCCUUCCUACUUUUUUCGAGAUUACCCUCUUUCGUUCAGAAGAUUUGCUCUGCAGUUGUCAGUCGUUUCACCAAAGUCAAGAUUACCGCUCCAUUUAUUACGGGUAAAUCGCUCCUCAAGGCGAUGGAUGAAAAGGAUCAAUUGCGGAAUGAUUACUUGGCUUAUCUAGCAAGACUCGGUGUGCACGCCAUUCUCACACCAGGAGCUAUUAUGCCUGCCCCUCCCAAAGGUACUCAAGGCGAGUUUCCCUUUGGAAUUUAUGCAUACAUACCGUGGAAUCUCUUCAACUUCUGCGCCGGAAUCGUGCCAAUGGGUGAAGUGUCCAAGACUGACCAAAGCCUCGUGAGGGAACUUCCUAACACUGAUCUGUUUUACGACUAUCUUCGUCGCUUCUCGGAUGGAAGUGUCGGAUUACCACUCUCAGUUCAAGUGGUUGCAAGGAACUUUGAAGAAGAAAUUGUUUUCCGAAUUAUGGAAGAUAUCGUCGAGGCCAAAGUGAAAAAAGACAAGAACACUUAAGUAUGUUCCUAAAAGAGAGUUUUCGACACGAAUAGUAUGUAGGUUCCUCAUAUAAAUAAAUAAGGCAUUGAGUUUGGUUUGGUUUUCAUUUUUUUAUUGUUGUACAUUAUCCAGCCAGUUCCCGGUAACGUUAAGAAGCCGUCCAAUCAAUAUCAGUUGGUAUACAAAACUGUAUCACAUAGCGGAAAGUACGAAUUGUCGACAUACAAUCCACAAUCUGGAUUAUUUACGCUACUCUAGGCCGAUGAGAGAGAAAAGGCGACACUUUGGAUUGAAUCUUGGAAGAUGAGGGGGAGAUUGAUUGUGUAAAAACGGAAAUGGUACUCGGAAGCUGAAGAAGGCAGCGUAUUAAUGCCCAAAGAAGAGGGUGGGGUGAGCUAAGGAUAGGUGCAAAUCUGGUAGUAUCAAGGCAAUGAAAGUAAUUUUUCGACCCAAUACAAGGAAUUGGGGACGGCAAAGAAUUGAAAUUGAGAUCCACCGUUCUUCAGGAAAGGAUCAUUUACAAGAUUUACACUCGGGACUUCUAGUCUAUUGAAAUAACUCGAAUAACAUUAUACAAGAUCAUCCACAGCAAAGGCAUUGCUCAUUUAAUUUCAAAUUUCGUCUUUGUGGUUAAAAAUGGUUUGACCUACUGAAAACGAAGCUUCUAAAGUGAAUGUAAAAAAGCAGAUGGUAUGUACUCUCCCUUAUAAAUUGAACGAUGUCAAGGGUGAGAAAAAGGGGGGAGGUUCUCUUACGAACACCAAGUUUUCAUAUCCACGAUUGGGAGUUCACUUUCUUCAAGUCACACCAAAUUGCAGUUCAACAUGGGUGUCUUGGUAAGCUGAUAGAAGCUACUCGCUUUUCCCUAGAGAUGGAUUGACGUAAUAGAGAUGAUCGCGACGAGAAUGAUGAACAUGAUGAUAAGAGACAAUAUUCCAGCCACGAUGAGAUGAAAACCCAUUGAGACGCAGUCAAAACACCCCAUGAGAGAGGGAGAUAUCAUUCUUCACGACGUUGGGACAAAUGCGGGGAAAGAAAGAGGAAAAAAAAGGUUUUCUAUCUAGGAGGCGAAAAUUCUAUUCUUCAGUUUUGGCCACGGUAGUUUCAGACUCUUCCACUCCCUUCGUGUCAUCACUAUCAGGCUCAGGAACGUCGGGAACAGCUGGUGCUUCUGAUUCGGUUUUGUCUUCAGAGAUUUGUGCCGAGGCUUCGGGCUUGUCGGCUUCUUCAGUGGUAUCUUUGGCCUCCUCAUCCUUGGGUUCGAUUUGUUCUUCUGAGCUCUUGGUAGGAGUUGUUUCCUCGGUUUCCGCGGCAAUAUCUUCACUUGGUUUAACGUCUUGAGCAGAGUCCUUGGCCGAUGUGCUGGCGGUCUCUUCGUCGGUUUUCUUCUCAGCAUCUUUCUCUUCUUUUUUCUCACCUUCGAUAUCUUCUUCAGU